AUGUCAAUCGAAGUUGACUGGGCAGCCGCAACCUCGGGCCCGGAUGGGGAGGCCCUGGCAGAGCGGAUCCGAUCAUUUGUACAUGACAAGUUCCAAGAAAUAACUCUACCACGAUUCAUCCGCUCAGUGCAGGUCCACUCCUUCGAUUUCGGAACCAUAGCCCCAGAUCUCGAAAUCAAGGAUUUCUGUGAACCCUUUGCAGAUUUCUACGAAGAGGAUGACGACGAUGCCGAUACCUCAGUCACCUCGUCCGAGCUUAUGUCCGAGCUCCAUGAAUCACCAUACGAAGAUGACAUGGCCUUCAACCCAAACGCCCAUAGCCCUCACAAUUUCAGCCACCACCCAUACCCCGGUGAAGGCUUCCAGCCAUCUGCCCUUCGAUCUCCGUUAGGCGACCACCUUAACCCGCAUUUCCUGCCCCGCGCCGGUACACCCGGGAUUCCAGGCGGGACAUCAACACUCGGAUACCAUAUGAGGUCAUUAGGCGGUCUAUCAGGCGCGCAGACACCCCUUGCUGCCGUCGCAGGCGGGACGCCGUUCGCGAGUGGGUGGUCAGAUUCUGGCAUGGGCGCAGGGCCAAGACCACGGGUCGCACACUCCGCCGCGCACCAUCUCGCAGAACCAGAUCUGGACACCGGUUCCGCAUCAAGGCCCUCAACCGCCAACACCCUUCCAUCCCAUCCGUCAGUAGGCCAUGCGGGCAGUGGCGGUUCCAAUCACAAUAGCAGUGACCCCGUCGAUGCCGUGCAGCCCUCGAUUGAGUCCCCUGGCCCCGAUGCCGACGAGCGGUCAUUUCCUAUGCCGCCGCGGAUGCGCGAGCGCCGGCCAGAGGAUUUUCAGAUCCUUUGCCAUGCCAAGUACGCCGGCGACGUGCGAAUGUCUCUCACGGCGGAGAUUUUGCUGGAUUACCCCAUGCCCAGCUUUGUGGGCUUGCCAUUGAAGCUGAAUGUCACGGGUAUUACAUUUGAUGGAGUUGCGGUUGUGGCGUAUAUUCGGAAGCGAGUACAUUUUUGCUUUUUGUCUGCUGAGGACGCGGAUGCAUUACUUGGAUCGGAGCAGUCGCACGGUAGUCAGAAUCCUAGCGAGGAUGGAAGACCGAGGUCUGGGGUGGACCAGAAAGAGAAGGAUCAGAAGAGGCAGGGUGGGCUGUUGCAGGAGAUUCGGGUUGAUAGUGAGAUCGGUCGCAAGGAGGAUGGAAAGCAGGUGUUGAAGAACGUUGGGAAGGUGGAGCGUUUUGUGCUCGCGCAAGUUCGCCGCAUCUUUGAGGAGGAGCUGGUUUAUCCUAGCUUCUGGACAUUCCUUGUUUGA